GACGUGUUCUCCGUCAUCGUAGUAACAUUAUAAACUUAGAUUUCAUACUUGUCUUGUAACUUAGUGCAUUUUUCUCCACUGCAGUGGCCGCUCCUUCCGGUACUAGGCUGUUGCUGCUGUGAGCUAACGUAAAGAUGGCGGAAGACGAGAAGAGUGGUGAGCCUGCGAGAGAGAAAAACGAACUGCAAAUUCUGAAGGAGCUCGUGGAUGAACUGUAUAAUUUCAGAGACUGCUAUUUUGAGACUCACAGUGUGGAGGAAGCUGGGAGGAAACAAAGUGAUGUCGCACAGGAGAGCGAAAAGACCCUGAAGAGACUAGAGGAGAAAGAAGAUAGUUUUAAACACAAAGCAGAGUUUCUGCUGCAGAAGGGCAGGUGUCUAAACGUGGCUCCAGACUUCAGCACCGUAGCAGAAGAGUGCCUUUCCCGGGCCGUAAAGCUGGAGCCUGGCUUGGUCGAGGGCUGGAACACAUUGGGGGAGCAGUACUGGAAAAAAGGAGACCUGACCGGUGCCAAGAACUGCUUCACUGGAGCCUUGCAGCAGAGCAAGAACAAAGUGUCUCUACGCAACCUGUCUAUGGUGCUGAGACAGCUGCCGCCGGCGAACAGCAACGUACAUCAUGGCAAGCAGGUGAUGGAGAGUGUGGACAUGGCCCGACAAGCUGUCCAGCUGGACGUCACCGACGGGACAUCUUGGUACAUCCUGGGAAAUGCUUAUGUGUCCCUGUUUUUCACCUGUGGACAGAAUCCACAAUUGUCUCAACAGGCGCUAACUGCCUAUGCACAAUCUGAAAAAGUGGACAGAGCCGCGUCUUGUUACCCGGAGCUGCAUUUCAACCGAGCCACUCUUUUCCAGUAUGAGGAAAUGUACGGGUCUGCUCUUGCUGGCUACAGCCGAGCGGCUGCACUCGACCCGGCGUGGGAGGAGCCGCCAGAGAGAGAGAAGCAGCUGCUGGAGUACCUGGGGAAGGUCACAGAACUCAUACAGAACAAGGGGAAGGUGAAGGCACGUAGGUUGAGGACGAUGCUCUCUAACCUCAACACGUCAGCGUUGGGUCCCUGCUCCUCCCCGCAGUUUCGUUCCCCAACAGGCCGUGUCGGCAGCAUGGAGCCUCGAACUCUUUCCUCCCUCACACACGGUCACAACGCUGGGGUUGCCGCCCUGGGCAAGGUGGUGUUCAGUCUGGCCUCUGAGGGUCGCAUGGCUUUUACGUUUGGCAUGGUAGACAGCGAGGAGUCAUGUAUAGUGGUGAUGGUUUACAACACAGCGGAUAGCUGGGGCGUCCUGAUAGGAGACACUGUAGUCAUUCCUGAACCUCAGGUCAAACGACACAGUAUAACACAUAAAGACAAGGUGUUUGAUUUCAGAAGUAUACGAGUGGACUCUCCUCUGCUCCUCAUUGUCAACGGCAAGAAGCAAAACGCCCAAAGUCAGAUUGCUGCCUCAGUCAGCUACAAGCCGCAGAGCGAAUGAGCUGAACAAGCAAGAGGAAAUACAUUAAGAGGACCAUUUUUUCUGGAUUUUAAGGAAGAGUUUGGAUAAUUAUGGAAGUUGAAGUUCCCAAAGUUAGUGCCUGUUUUGUGUUUGUAAAUAGAAGUUACCCUGUUACUUUGUUAAACAAUUUUGUUUAUAUUUAUAUUUCUUUUGUUUUGUUGUGGAGACAACACAGUUCUUUUUGUACAUUAAUGAACCUGUGAUGAUGGCAAUGUAAUGUCCGAUUUAAUUGUGACUUAAGUUUACCCAGAAAAAAUUAUUUUAUGUUAAACAUAUUGUUUGCGUGGUAUCUUAAAACUGCUUUGAAAUGUACAAAAGUGUAAUUCCUUUUUCAUACCAGACAUUUUGACUUAUUAUAAAAGGAAAAGCACAGGUAUUACUAAUGGCAUUAAUGAUGGAUCUGUUCUAUUCAACUGUCCCAGUAAGUCAAUGACAAACAGUGAGCCAGCAUACAAAACAUCAGGACACUGAAACUGAAGCAGAUUAUUAGUAUUUACACCUGUGAUUUUCCUACUGUGAAAUGUCUUCUGUGAAAGGUGCCUACUGAUCAGAGGUGUCAUUACUCAUUAAAUAGUUAAAAACCGUACGAAAAACAUUCUUGCGGUCUGGGUUGACCACUUUACUAGCUGCUUCAGUUGUUUGUUAUCCAGGUCUAGACCUCGGGGGGGGGGGCUUUUACUUCCAAUCAACAACCAGCCAAUUGCUCAGGUUUAACCCAGAUUGCCCAAAUUCCUCACAGUUUGCAUGACAGACCACCUACUGUUAUUCAUUCAGUUAACGUGUACUGUAUCCGUAAAGGAAAAAUGUAUUAUUGGUUUUUGUUCACUAUAAAUGUCAAGCAUUUUUGGACCAAAA